AUGGCCAGGGUGCAGGAAUUUGAAAAAUGGGAAGCUUCACAACAGUGCCUCGGCAACUUCAUAAUCACUAAAGGAAAACCACAUAUAUAUUGGUUACCAAAGAAAUUGGACGAGAAGGCCACAGAGAAAUUGAAUUCAAGCAGAAAGUUUCAUGAAACUGUAUAUGGUCCUUAUUAUCGCAAGACAAUGUCACUAAAACGUCAAGAACUCCAGGAAGAACUGCUGAGGAUAGAAAUGAAAGUUCUCCGUCCCCGAGGUCCGGGGGCUAAAGAAAAUUAUCAACAGAAUAACACACAGACGAAACAGGAAGAAAGACAAGACGAGCCAGAGGAUCGCAACAAGAGAAGAGACAAGUUUGCUAUUGACGAGGAUGAAGUGUAUGAUAGUGAUGGGGAUGAGAGGCACGACGAUAGUAGGGACACGAACAAUACUAACGCAGAAGAAACCAAAAUGAACACCAACACAGACAACACAAAAGAAGAAUAUGUAGAGAAAGACACCAAGGAAACAGAAAUAACACAAGAAGUUGUUCAAUCGGAGGAGGACAAGGAACAUUCCUAG